GGGGAAAUCCGUGCCACGUGACAAUGUUUACUUUACCUGGACAAUCAAGCAGCCGCCCGGCGAGGACUGUGUGUGUGUGUGUGUCCGGGUGUGUUUGACAUGAUUCAGUGAGAACAUCUGAUUGAAAGGCAGGCUCAGGUGAGUUCAUGUUGCACCUGUUUGGUCAUCUAAAGCUUCGAUUUCAACCCAACUUUCAGCUCUGUUUGCGGGGUAACCAUAACGUAGCAGUUCGCCUCUCCUCCGUACCAACAUGUAACUCAGUAUUCAGGGGAUUGAACGUUUCCUUGAGAAGCUGUGAAAGAUUGAACGCCCUAACCCGACCGAAAACGCUUUCUGAGGGGUCAGGAGACACUCUUUUCCCCGGCUUACCACUGAAGAAACACGAACUUCUUCUUCUCUGAGUAUGUCUGACAACGGUGUUUUUACUUCCUGAGUUUUGUCUCAAAACAUAUUAGUCAAAGUGAAACCUUUGUCGAUUGGUGUUCUUUGAUUAAUCGAGUUUCGACUGUCUUUUUUGUGAGUUUAUCUCAUUGUUUUAAGGCAACAUUUGAACGUCUAGAGUUAAUAUCUCAUAGUGACAAAAACAAACUAGUUACAGUCAGGUUGUAAAACUAACUUUCUAGUGUGGGUGCAGUUUAAAAUAUAGGCUAACGUUGAUGCUAACGAUCUUAGCAAUGUCUCUUGGUCACGAUCAACUUCUACUUAACUGACAGAUGUUAUAAACUGCGGCCCACAUUAACUGUACAUGUCAAGUAAGAGAUAUCAUUCUUGGUCAAAACUUUUUGUACUUUAAGUUUAAGUUUUUACCCAGGUCACAAGUUUCACUUUCGGUUACAAAGAGGAGUGUGUUUACCUCCAGCUAAACUAACUUACAGCCCUAAAUAAUAUACUGUGUACCGUCUCACAGGGUAGGUUAACCCUCUUGAAAGGACCCCUUAAAGAAAUGAAGACGGUGUCAGAAUUAAAUCUUUUAUCUUAACACAUAAAAUAAAUAGUAAAAUCGUAGAAAAAAGCAUGAAAACUGUCAUAUCAAAAGAUAGAAAGCAGAGAGGCAGAGAUGGUAUCAGUUCAAGCCAGUUAAAUACAAUGAAAUGUACUUUGUGAUCAUGAGUUUUGGAUUUAUUAUUCAAAUUAAUGAAUCAAUUAGUCACAGAAUCAAUCAAAUGUCACUUUUCUUGAUAUUUGGCACCAGAGUGACUAUUUGGUUUUUAACAAAUUUUGCAUGUUUUUUUUUUUUCAGACAGCCUCUCGUAACACUGCAUGAUUUGGACAUAUUUUAAUCUAGAAAUGGGAGCAAAGUUGUGUGCAGACUGUGUUAGGUCAAACUUGUAUGACCACUUUACUGAGAACUACAUAGGCAUGUAGGUGUUAACCUGUAAGGGGCACCAAAGGGUGGUAUUUGAGAGUGUAACUAUUCGACAUCCUUUACUCAGACUCUGCGAUCCUCUUGAGGAAGUUGCGCUUCAUUUUGACUUUUUAUUGAGUGUUUUCUCACCUCUAGAUUUGCUGAUUACUCUUAAUCUGAAUUUCCCUCUAAAUUAAUAGGUUAUCAGUUGCCUUGGUGCUGUACUACACCAGGAUAGUCUGAAACCCUUUUUCAGUUCAGUUUUAUCCAUCAACUCUGUCGAUUCACUCUUGAAAAACGGGUUAGGUUAGCUGACAUCAAUCUAAGUUGCUGCAUCUAUGAACUUUGCCCACACUCAGAAUGACUAUCAAAAUCUCUCCAUGGUAAAACAGAGAGUUCAGUGGAUGUGCAUUGAUCGGGCACUUUGCCCUGAAAGAUCAUAUUUAAGUAAUUCCCGCCUGCUGUACAGCUGCUGGCUUAAAACCUUCCAAUUUGUGACUCUACUCCAAAACUCAAUAAAAUAAAUUUCUGAAAUGUGCAUGUAACUACAAGAGAAAACAGAUUGCAUGAUCCCAGCCUUUGAUUUAUUGUCCUUUAUGUCUACCUCUCAGCUGAAUGAAAGACAUGAGCAUCUCCAGGCAGAGAGCCAAAGAUCUCGUCACCGCCUACGAUCACAGUUUGGAGCGGCAAAUUGUGGGUCAGGGCUCCAGCCUGGUGUGUAGAGAUGAGGAGUUGUGGAAGCAGGUGGAGGGACUACUUAGGGAUGAAGAUGGUCGGGAGAUACACUGCCUGGGUCUGGAUCCCCUGAGGGUGAUGGAGGAGUCUCUUACAGAAGCAGCAACAGCAGCAGCCAGCACAGGGCGUGUUAAUGUCAGGAGAGGGCUGCGGGGCCUGGAGAGAGCUUUUGAGGUCCUGGAACAGGCAGCUCUGAACCUGUACCUCUGCCCUUGGAGGGAGGAGUUCAAAGUCGUCAAGGUUAGAUAAGAUUUCCCUUUAGUAAAUUUGUGAUUGCAUUUUUGUAUCAUGUUGCAUCUUAUUGUAUCAUAUCCUAUUGUAUUGUGACAUUUAAGUUAAAAAUCUGUUCCUGUUGUUUGAUGAACCUGGCGUUUUUUUUCCAUUUUUGAUCUCUCCUACAUUUGCCCAUCUUAUCUCCCAGAUGUACUCUGGCAUAUUCACCCACCACAUCAAACCGGUGCUGUCGAUGCCACAGAUAGAGAGGCUUUUCGGUCUGCUGGGAUACCAGCCCAGCUCUCCUCGACAUGAACAGCUCCGUCUCCAGUCCCACAGAGUCAGUCCUGCCUCUAUGGACGACCUCCUCUGCCUGUCAUGUGCCUUUUUCUUGGCCCGUUGUGAGUGUCGCCUCCUUCAAGAUGCUCUGGGAGAGCAUGCUGGUGAGGUCCAGUGGGAGCUGAGUGUGGUGAGGGAGAGACUGACAGGAAACAAUCUGCAGGUAUGUCUGACUGACAAAUGAAUUAUGAAAUCAUGACCCCUGAUGUGAACAAACGAACUGUGACAGUAAGGUGUUUGCUGAGGGUUAACUCAGUGUUUAUCUUAACAGGACGUACUGAUCAACACCAAUAAGGCACUGGAAGUGGACCAGCAGCCGAUGGAACAUGGUGAUGGAGAAGUGGACGUGGAUCUGUACACAGAUAUUCAGGGAAAUGGCCGUCAUAGGAGGGCCUUGGAAGAAGAUGAUGGGAGUCCACCAUCUUUAGCCUGGGUGGCUCUCAACGCUGCAUCAUCCUCUGCCGUCAAAACACAAAGCAACGGAAUAACAUCUCUGCCCUCUUCAUCUGCCUCCCUGUCCAGCCGAGAGCAUGUCUGUGUCUCCACACUAAACUGCCAACUUACCAACACGUCACCACCCGAGUCACAAACGGAAAGAAGCUCUUCAACCAGUGCCAGGCAGCGCAGACGUCUAGCUAAAGACUCGCAGUCACACAGUCUGCAGGUCGAAGUCUGCAUGAAUGAGGCGGCAGCCGACCAGCUGUGCAGCUGUCUCCAAUCUCCUCACCUUGCUGUUAAACUCUGCAAAGACUGCAACAGCCUCCAUGAUUUUGACUGUGCCUUGCUGAAGCGUUGCAUUAAUGAGAACCACCGCACGAUUUUUCCUGACAAUCCGAUGGAAGAGAUGAAAAAAUGGAGAGCUGGUCCCCUGCACGAUGAAAGUUUCAGUACCAAUGCACCACCAAAUCUCACCAGCAGCAGUGUAGCCAUGGCCUCCUUAACUCUGGGAGAAGAGCCUAGAUCAAUUGCAACAAUCAGCUACCACGACUGCUGCGACCUCACUAAGCUGGACCCUCAGUUUCUGUGUCGUAGCUGCAGCGUGUUCCACGCUGGGUCCUGUAAAGGGAUAACUUUCUGCCAAAAUGAGGAUCAUGAGUUAAGUGUGCUGGGAUUGUGCUCCUGUGGAAAGGAAGCUUCCAGAGAUCCUUUGGUUCUGUGCAGAUAUUGUGGGAAUGAGUUUUGCAGGGAUUGCUGGUACAGAGAUCCUUUGAAAUGCAUCUGUGGUGAAAGGUUUGACCAGUCAUCCUCUGUGUGAUUGUACUGGAAAAUAUUGCACUUAUGAGGCACAACUAGCAAAAUCACAGUGCCUUAAAUGAAGUACAGAAUAUCAGAAGUUCAAUUGUUGCCUUGACACAGUCUGAGAUGCAGUAGUGUGCUUCAGUUCUUUCACUUUAAUCAUAACACUGAAGCUUGCAUUACUUUGUGAUACACCUGGUCCAAGGGGCCGUAUUUACAAUUGCCAAAAUGUCUGCAAUGCCUUGUUCUGUUGAGACAUAAAAAAUUACCAGUAUGUGCUCUUAUAUCACGUAUAUGUAACUUUGUGUAAAGCACAUUGAUGUAUGUUUUCAUCUGUAUUUCAGGCCUGAACACAGACUGGAUUAAAAAGGGUCAAUACAUCUCUA